GAAGCACCACAANUUAGAGAGAAAAACAAAACUGUGGUCCUAAAUUGGAUUCCUGGUCAUUGUGGCAUUAAAGGCAAUGAGCUUGCUGACACACUUGCUAAGAAGGGGACAACGAUUUUCCAUUGCAUGGACUGGCCGAUGUCUUUCCACACAAUGAAGGCCUUAAUCAGGAGAGAAUUCCAGACCUCAAGGUGCAACGAAAUUAAAGCUCGAACAAAGGAGAAACAGUGGACAGUGGCACUCUCCGACAUACCCGACUGGCCAAGAAUCGAAGCCGUUGCUGAGUUUAGACUACAUACCGAACACGAUUGCUUGGCAAAACGCCUUCAGAGAUUGGGAGUAUACACUCAACCCACGUGCCCUCUAUGUAACCUACAGGAGGAAAUGUAG